CCUUAAUAGAAUUGAACUUAUACUAAGAAAGUUACUUUAUUUGAUCUUUUACAUAAAUAAUGAAUGAUCAAGAAAAUAAAAACUACGAAAAUAAUACGUACUCAAGAGAAGCUAAAAAAAAAGCUUUAACACAUCUCGAAAAUUUUGUACGCGAAGAUGAUUCUGCAAAAUAUGUUAUUGAUCCAAAAAAUGUUGUUUGUAGAAAGAAUGAUAAUGCUGAUAAAGUUAGUUGUUUAAAAUUAAAUGAAUUAGAUGAAAAAGAAAUUUUUUCUCAAAUGCAAAAAUUAGGUUUUUAUUGUGCUUUAACCCAAGAUCCAAAUAAUAUUGGAUUGGAAUGUAAUAAAGUACAAUAAAGUACAAUAAAGUACAACUGAUA